UAUCUUUAACAACAAAUCAGACGGCUUGAAAUUUAAUGAUCGGUGAUUGUGAACUUAUCGCUAAAAAUAUAGGUAUAUGAUAGUAAAAAAAUGGAAAACUCAUAAUGAAGGUGGACCUGAUUGAUUGGACAGAUCCAAGACCGGAUGGGUAGAGGCAUGGAUCCAACUUUUAGACCCGACGGAUCGGGUCCGUGUCCCGCCAUUGCCACACCUAUUCACUCACCACUCCACGUCAUAAAACACAGUAUCUCUCUCUCCAGACGAUUACUUGGUUCUAGGAUCACCCAGCAAAAGAAACCGUGGUUGGUUGUGCUCCCCUUCUCUCUCUAUAUGUGUUGAGGCUCCUAUCAUCUAUCAAAGAUGACUGAGUAUUGGGUUCUUUCUGUACGUGUAUAGUGGGAAGCAGGGUGGGUACAGUUGCGGGAUGUAGAGGAGGCCAGAGCCAGCUCUCCCUUGUCUUCUUCUUCCUCUCUCUCUCUCUCUCUCUCUCUGAUUGACGAGUGUGUUAGUGGUAGAGACGCUCCUCUUGCCUGCGCUUUACUCGACCACUGCCUCUUCCAUGUCCUCCCACUCUCUCUAUAUAACCCUUUAAAUUGAACCCCAUUUCAAGGCUAAGAACCACGAAAUCAGAAGCCAUUGGAGGAGGAGAAAGAAGUCUAUUUCUCUAGUUUUUAGAGAGAGAAAGAGUGAAGUGUUAUGAAGAUGGAGGCUCAUCAGAUGCCAAAGAGAAGGUGGUCGAGCAGGGGAGGAGUUUUGAGAGAGCAGAGGGCCAGGCUCUACAUCAUCAGGAGAUGUGUUGUCAUGCUCAUCUGCUACCAUGACUGAAAACUCUCUCUCACUCUCAACCUAAUCCUCCUCCUCCUUGCUUCUAGAUUCCCGGCGUACCAUUAUUUUUACCCACAAUUUUUUAAUUCAUGAAAUACUCAAUCACUUUUGGUCUGACCCUAAUAAAGUGGGGAUUUGUGCAGCCCAUUGCAUUGGGCACCACAGUCAGUCUGGCUUAUUUUUCAUGACCUUAAGUACGUACAAUCCUCAAGCAUCUUUCUACUUCCAUUGUUUUCACUUUGUGUCUCUACCCUUAUGCACAUAAUAUAUACGUUAAGAGCUCUUUUCUUAAAUUCAGCUCUUUUCUGUAAAUUCAAUGGACCUAGCUUUUUAUGUAUCCCCAAAAGAGCAUAUAAUUUAUCUCUUUGAUUUUGAUGGAA